CACUCCAGAAGAGGCACAAUGACCGAACGGCAGAGUCCCCCCGAGCCGAUGGCUGCUGGGGAGUAUCUUGGCGAAAGAGGGAAUUACAAGAUCACCAUCUUCGAGCUGGAGAAUUUCCAGGGCAAGAAGCGUGAGUUGACAGAGGAAAGUCCGAAUGUGACGGAGGAAGCGCUGGAGAAAGUGGGAUCGAUCCAGGUAGAAUCAGGCCCGUGGCUCGGGUUCGAACGCCAGGCCUUCUGUGGGGAACAGUUCGUGCUGGAGAAGGGAGCCUACCCGCGCUGGGACUCCUGGUCCAACAGUCACAGCAGCGCCAGCUUGAUGUCCGUCCGCCCCCUGCUGAUUGACAGCCACGACCACAAAAUCCACCUGUUUGAAAACGCCGGUUACAACGGGAGGAAGAUGGAGAUUGUAGAUGACGAUGUGCCAAGCCUCUGGGCUCACGGGUUCCAGGACCGCGUGGCCAGCAUCAAAGCACUGAACGGAACGUGGGUGGGCUACGAAUACCCCGGCUAUCGAGGCCGCCAGUACGUCUUUGAGAGAGGCGAGUACCAGCACUGGAACGAGUGGGACGCCAGCCAGCCCCAGAUCCAGUCUGUGCGCCGGGUCCGGGACCAGCAGUGGCACAAGCACGGCUGCUUUGAGACCCCCUGAAGGGGACCCCGGCGCCUUCGCAGCCACGCCCGAAGAAGAGGACGACGAUGUGAUUUAUAGCCUGUGGUUUUGUGUCAAUAAAGCUCGGAGCUGGAGGCUGCUGUG